AUGAUGCAACAACCAGGAGUCGCCGGAGUGGGGGUCCCACAAUCAGAUCAGCAACAACAAUACCAACAGCAGCAGCAAUGGAUGAUGCAGCAACAGCAACAAGCGCAACCUGUACCUCCUCCUGCUGGCUGGACUCCACCGCCUGUUCCUCCUCCGUCUCAGUACGGUGCAGCCGCCGGAAGUGGUGCAGUUGGAGAUGAGAUUAAGUCGUUGUGGAUCGGGGAUUUGCAACAGUGGAUGGAUGAGAAUUAUCUCCUUAGCAUCUUCUCUACCACUGGAGAGGUUGUUCAAGCCAAGGUUAUUCGAAAUAAGCAAACAGGUUACCCAGAGGGUUAUGGUUUUAUUGAGUUUGUUGGUCGUGCUGCAGCAGAGAGAGUUUUGCAGACAUACAAUGGCACACCAAUGCCAAAUAGUGAACAGACUUUCCGGUUGAACUGGGCUACCCUUGGUGCUGGUGAGAGGCGCCAAGAUGAUGGUCCUGAUUAUACAAUUUUCGUUGGAGAUUUGGCUGCUGAUGUCAAUGAUUACCUUCUGCAAGAAACAUUUAGAAAUGUUUACCCAUCUGUGAAAGGUGCAAAAGUUGUUACUGAUAGGGUCACUGGACGUUCCAAGGGAUAUGGAUUUAUUAGGUUUGCUGAUGAAAAUGAACAAAGGCGUGCCAUGGUUGAGAUGAACGGACAGUACUGCUCUACUAGGCCCAUGCGGAUUGGACCAGCUGCUACAAAGAAACCUUUGACCCAGCAAUAUCAGAAAGCUACUUACCAGAGUCCUCAAGGAAAUCAGGGCGAGAGUGAUCCAAAUAACACAACAAUAUUUGUUGGGGCAUUGGAUCCAAGUGUGACCGAUGACAAUUUGAGAGCGGUGUUUAGUAAAUAUGGGGAGCUAGUGCAUGUGAAAAUACCUGCUGGCAAGCGUUGUGGAUUCGUUCAGUUUGCUAAUCGGGCUUGUGCAGAGCAAGCACUGGCAAUGUUGAAUGGAAGUCAGAUUGCAGGUCAAAAUAUUCGUCUGUCAUGGGGCCGUAGUCCUUCUAACAAACAGGCCCAGCCAGACCAAAGCCAGUGGAAUGGUGGUGGUGGAUAUUAUGGAUAUCCACAAGGAUAUGAUGCAUAUGGAUAUGCUGCUGCUGCUCCACAAGACCCUAACAUGUAUUACGGAGGCUAUCCUGGAUAUGGAAACUACCAGCAACCUGGAUCUUACCAACAGCAACAGCAGAUUUGUUACUGCCUUACUGGUUUCUGGGACGAUUUCCCAAGUGCAACCAUUGGACGUUACUCUAUACCUGGCAAUAUGCCCACCCCAUUGAUUUUCUUAGCUUACAUGUUCGGCAGCACCAGCACUGGCACCAGUCCACUAGCUGUCAAGAUUAAGGAGUGA